AUGUGGCCCGAUCUGAUCAGGAAGGCCAAGGAAGGCGGCCUCAACACCAUCGAGACCUAUGUCUUCUGGAACGGCCACGAGCCGCGCCGGCGCCAGUACAACUUCGAGGGGAACUACGACAUCGUCAGGUUCUUCAAGGAGAUCCAGCAUGCCGGGAUGUACGCCAUUCUUCGCAUUGGCCCCUACAUCUGUGGGGAAUGGAACUAUGGAGGCCUUCCCGCCUGGCUGCGUAACAUCCCCGGCAUGCAGUUCAGGCUGCACAAUGACCCCUUCGAGCGGGAGAUGGAGACCUUCACCACCCUCAUUGUCGACAAGAUGAAGGACGCCAAAAUGUUUGCGGGGCAGGGAGGCCCGAUCAUCCUCGCCCAGAUUGAGAACGAGUACGGCAACAUCAUGGGCGAGCUGAACAACAACCAGUCUGCGUCGCAAUACAUCCACUGGUGCGCCGACAUGGCCAACAAGCAGAAGAUCGGCGUCCCGUGGAUCAUGUGCCAGCAGAAUCACCAUGUGCCACACAAUGUGAUCAACACGUGCAAUGGAUUCUAUUGCCACGACUGGUUCCCGAAUAGGACAGGCAUUCCCAAGAUUUGGACAGAGAACUGGACUGGCUGGUUUAAAGCCUGGGACAAGCCGGAUUUCCAUCGGUCUGCUGAAGACAUUGCCUUCGCGGUUGCCAGGUUCUUCCAGAAGCGUGGAUCUGUCCAGAACUACUACAUGUACCACGGUGGGACCAACUUCGGGCGAACUUCCGGUGGUCCCUACAUCACAACCAGCUAUGACUACGAUGCGCCUUUGGAUGAGUAUGGUAACAUUAGGCAGCCAAAAUAUGGUCACUUGAAGGACCUCCACAACUUGCUCAGGUCCAUGGAGAAAAUCCUUGUCCAUGGGGAGCACAAUGACACUGCCUACGCCAAGAAUGUCACUGUCACCAAGUACACCUACGGUGGUUCCUCGGUUUGCUUCAUCAGCAACCAGCUCAACGACACGGAUGUCAAUGUGACCCUUGGCGCAACUCACCUGGUGCCAGCUUGGUCCGUCAGCAUCUUGCCUGACUGCAAGACUGUUGCCUACAACACCGCCAAGAUCAAGACGCAGACGUCAGUGAUGGUGAAGAAGGCGAACACGGUGGAGGAGGAGCCCGGAGCCUUGAGGUGGUCGUGGAUGCCUGAGAACCUGAGGCCCUUCAUGACUGACGACCGUGGCAGCUUCAGGAAGACCCAGCUCCUGGAUCAAAUUGCUGCAGCCACUGAUCAGAGCGACUACUUGUGGUACAGGACAAGCCUCGAGCACAAGGGAGAGGGAGCUUACAAGCUGUAUGUGAACACAACGGGCCAUGAGAUCUACGCUUUUGUGAACGGGAAGCUUGUCGGUCAAAACCACUCGGCUAAUGGAGCUUUCGUCUUCCAGCUCGAGACUCCGGUGAAGCUUCAAUCUGGAAAGAACUAUAUUUCACUUCUCAGCGGCACCGUCGGCCUCAAGAACUAUGGACCUUUGUUCGAGCUCAUGCCGGCGGGCAUCGCCGGCGGACCGGUUAAGCUUGUCGGCACAAAUGGCACCGAUAUUGAUCUCACCAACAGCUCUUGGUCUUACAAGUCUGGCUUGGCCGGUGAGCAGAGGCAAAUCCAUCUCGACAAGGCCGGCCACAAAUGGCGGGGCCACAACAGCAGCGGCAUCCCGGUGAACAGGCCGUUCACGUGGUACAAGACCAGCUUCGCCGCCCCGGCCGGCGAUGAGGCCGUGGUGGUGGACCUGCUCGGCCUGAACAAGGGCGCGGCGUGGGUGAACGGACACAGCCUGGGCCGCUACUGGCCGGCGUACACGGCGGCGGAGAUGGGCGGGUGCCACGUGUGCGACUACCGCGGCGAGUUCAAGGCGGAGGGCGGCGGCGUCCGGUGCCUGACGGGGUGCGGCGAGCCGUCGCAGCGGUUCUACCACGUGCCCCGCGCCUUCCUCCGCGCCGGCGAGCCCAACACGCUGGUCCUCUUCGAGGAGGCCGGCGGCGACCCGACGCGCGCCGCGUUCCGCACGGUCGCCGUGGGCGCCGUCUGCGCGGCAGCCGCCGAGGUCGGGGACGACGUGACGCUGUCGUGCGGCGGGCACGGGCGCGUGGUCGCCGGCGUGGACGUGGCCAGCUUCGGCGUGACGAGGGGAAGCUGCGGAGGGUACGAGGGCGGGUGCGAGUCCAAGGCGGCGCUCAAGGCGUUCACGGCGGCGUGCGUCGGCAGGGAGUCGUGCACGGUGAAGCACACGGGCGCGUUCGCCGGCGCCGGGUGCGAGUCCGGCGCGCUAACCGUGCAGGUCACCUGCUCAUAGCGAACAACUACUACUGGACUGGGCGGCAGUCACAAGAGCGGCAGUUGGCUUGAGUUUAUCUAGCUAGCUAGUAGUUUAUUAGCAGCAGCUCACCUUUAAUGAAUAUAAGGUGAAGCUUAGCUUAAUUACGAGUAGGUGUUAGUUAAUUAAGUGUGUUGUGCUUGGUUUGG